AAUCCAAUCCAAAUUGAAAACACAAGAUAGUUUUUCUUGGUUGAAUAACCUUAAUUGAGAUACUCUUACAAAAUGAACUGAGUUUCCCAAUGGAAGAAGCUUCUUCCUCUACACUCUCCCUCAAUCCCAAACCUAUUCAUUGUUCAUUUACCAAUCCCCCCACUCUUGUACGAUCCUUUCCUCAUCAUUUUCCGUUUGUUUCUCGGGAAAAUUAAAUCACCAUAAAACCAAAUCCCUACCAAACCCCAAUUAAAAAAUAAAUAAAUCGAAUUUUGAUUUUCCAAAAGAAAAUUCGAAAUCAAAAUACGGAACACAGUUCGAUCACUCGGAGAGCUUCCACGCAUGGCGGCGGCGAAACCCCAACGGACUCCAGAGGAAGUGGAGGACAUCAUCAUCCGCAAAAUCUUCCUCGUUUCUAUCACCGAAAGCAGCAAUAGCAACAACGAUUCAAGAAUCGUGUACAUGGAAGUAACGGCUGCUGAGAUUCUCAGCGAGGGCAAAGAGUUGCGGCUCUCGCACGAUUCCAUGGAGAGGGUUUUAAUCGAUCGACUUUCCGGGGAUUUCUCCUCCGCCGGUGCCGGAGACGAAUCACCGUUUCAGUACCUCGUCGGUUGUUACCAGCGUGCCCACGAUGAGGGAAAGAAAAUCGCUAACAUGAAGGACAAGAACUUGAGGUCGGAGAUGGAAGCGGUGGUGAAGCAGGCGAAGAAACUCUGUGUUUCUUACUGCAGGAUUCAUUUGGAGAAUCCUGAAUUGUUUCCGAGCCGGAAUUCGGGCUCCGGAGCUAGUUCUUCGCCGCUUUUGCCGCUGAUUUUCGCGGAGGUCGGUGGCGGCAUGUUUGGCAGCGGCGGCGGAGUGAAGAGUCCGCCGGGGUUUCUGGAAGAGUUUUUUAGGGACCCUGAUUUUGAUAGCUUGGACCGAAUUCUGAAAGGGUUGUAUGAGGAAUUGAGAGGGAGUGUGAUGAAAGUGUCUGCUCUUGGGAAUUUUCAGGACUCUUUGAGGGCUUUGCUGUAUUUGGUUAGGUUUCCCGUCGGUGCGAAGUCCCUUGUGAAUCAUGAUUGGUGGAUUCCCAAGGGUGUUUAUGUGAAUGGCCGUGCCAUUGAAAUGACCAGCAUUUUGGGUCCCUUUUUCCAUAUCAGUGCUCUUCCUGAUCAAAACUUUUUCAAGGGCCAGCCUGAUGUUGGGCAGCAGUGUUUUUCUGAUGCAUCAACUAGGCGACCAUCUGAUUUGUUGUCUUCAUUUUCUACCAUCAAAACUGUCAUGAACAACUUAUAUGAUGGCCUAGCUGAAGUACUACUCAUCCUCCUUAAAAGUACAGAUACUCGUGAAAACGUACUUAAGUAUCUUGCAGAGGUGAUCAAUAUAAACGCAUCCAGGGCCCAUAUACAGGUUGACCCUAUUGCUUGUGCAAGUUCUGGCACAUUUGUGAAUCUCAGUGCUGUCAUGCUUCAUCUAUGUGAGCCAUUUUUAGAUGCAAAUUUAACGAAAAGGGAUAAAAUUGAUCCAAAAUAUGUACACUACUCAAAGCGUUUGAAUCUAAGUGGGUUGACUGCUCUUCAUGCAUCAUCAGAAGAAGUGGCUGAAUGGCUUAAUAGUAAAAAUCCAGCUAAUACUGGGGGAACCAGUCAAUAUAAUGAUGACCAGAAACGCUUGCAACAAUCCCAAGAGGCCAGUAGUUCUGGUAGUAAUAAUGCUGGUGAGCUUUCAAAUGAAAAUUCUGCACGUGGUGAAAAGACGAAAUAUUCAUUUAUUUGCGAAUGCUUCUUUAUGACUGCAAGAGUGCUCAACUUAGGCCUUUUAAAAGCAUUUUCUGACUUCAAACACUUAGUUCAGGACAUUUCUCGGUGUGAAGAUGCUUUCUCCACACUUAAAGCCAUGCAGGAGCAGUCACCCUCUCCUCAGGUGGAAUUGGAUAUAAAUCGACUUGAGAAAGAAAUGGAGUUGUACUCACAGGAAAAGCUUUGUUAUGAAGCUCAGAUAUUGAGGGAUAACACACUUAUUCAGAAUGCACUUUCCUUCUACCGCUUGAUGAUUGUUUGGUUGGUUGGCUUAGUGGGUGGAUUUAAGAUGCCUCUACCCCCAACUUGCCCAAUGGAAUUUGCUACCAUGCCUGAGCAUUUUGUGGAAGAUGCCAUGGAACUUCUAAUAUUUGCUUCCCGGAUUCCAAAGGCCUUAGAUGGAGUUGUGCUGGAUGAGUUUAUGAACUUUAUUAUCAUGUUCAUGGCCAGUCCUAACUUUAUCAAGAACCCAUACUUGAGAGCAAAGAUGGUUGAAGUCUUGAACUGCUGGAUGCCUCGUAGGAGUGGCUCAUCUGCUACAGCUACUCUAUUUGAAGGGCAUCAACUCUCUCUUGAGUAUCUUGUGAGGAAUCUUCUGAAACUUUAUGUUGACAUUGAGUUCACUGGUUCUCAUACACAGUUCUAUGACAAGUUUAACAUCCGCCAUAAUAUUGCCGAACUCCUUGAAUACCUGUGGCAGGUCCCUAGUCAUCGUAAUGCUUGGAGACAGAUUGCUAAAGAGGAGGAAAAGGGUGUCUAUCUGAAUUUCUUAAACUUUCUGAUUAAUGAUAGUAUUUAUCUUCUUGAUGAAAGUCUGAACAAAAUUCUUGAGCUAAAAGAAUUGGAGGCUGAGAUGUCAAAUACAGCUGAGUGGGAGCAACGACCAGUUCAAGAGAGGCAGGAGAGGACCCGAUUAUUCCAUUCUCAAGAAAAUAUUAUUCGGAUAGAUAUGAAGUUGGCAAAUGAAGAUGUCAGUAUGCUUGCAUUUACUUCAGAGCAGAUUACUGUUCCAUUUCUACUUCCUGAGAUGGUUGAAAGAGUGGCUAGCAUGCUCAAUUACUUUCUCCUUCAAUUGGUGGGUCCCCAAAGAAAAUCCCUUAGUUUGAAGGAUCCUGAGAAAUAUGAAUUUCGUCCAAAGCAUUUGCUAAAACAGAUUGUGCACAUAUAUGUUCAUCUGGCUAGGGGUGACAAGAAUUCCAUCUUCCCAGCUGCCAUCUCAAAGGAUGGUCGAUCAUACAAUGAUCAGUUGUUUAGUGCUGCGGCAGAAGUCCUACAUAGAAUUGGCGAGGAUGGGAGGAUUAUACAGGAAUUUAUUCAACUUGGCUCAAAAGCAAAAGUUGCUGCUUCAGAGGCCAUGGAUACUGAAGCUACUCUAGGGGAAAUCCCAGAUGAAUUCCUCGAUCCAAUUCAAUACACUUUGAUGAAGGAUCCAGUUAUCUUGCCUUCUUCAAGGAUCACGGUUGAUCGUCCCGUCAUUCAAAGGCAUCUUCUUAGUGAUAAUUCUGACCCAUUCAACCGUUCUUAUCUCACUGUGGAUAUGCUGAUUCCCAAUGAUGAGCUAAAAGCAAGAAUUGAGGAGUUUGUCAGGUCUCAGGAAAUGAAGAAACACGGCGAAGGACUAAGGCUACAGAAUACCAAAGCAACCAUUCAGACUACGAAUGGAGAAAUGUUGAUUGAUUAGGAAAAUUCAGUUUCCUAACUUGUCGAAUGAAAUGAAUUUGUGCCAUGCGCAUAAAGUUAGGUGUUGAACCUUAAUACAAUCUUAUUCAUUGUUUUUUGAAAAAUUUAAGGCUAUCGUUAGAAGUUUAAUGCUGUAAAGAUAUUUGGAACGGUUAUUGUAAAGAAGUCAUCCGAUUGACCACUGCGAUAAAAUUCUUUACGGAUAUAGGCCUAAAGGACCUUUUUUAAAGCUAUUCCCAACACUAGCCCGCUACAAAUCUGCAUUUACUUUGGCCUCCGUGAGCCAAUCAAAUUUAUUGCAAAUCGGAGGUAUUUUGAUUGACGAUGUUUUUUGCUGCUGCAGUGCAAAGGACGGUAAAGUAUCCACUCUGGGGAUGCUGCUUCUGGCUUGUCAGAAGCAGUUAGGCUUCUUUUUCUGAUAUUAAUUAUGUCAGACAUCCAUGACCAAUCAAGGAAUCAAUUUAUAAAGCACUUAGGAAUUCAUCAACAUGACACGAGUUGCUUCAGAACUGUAUGUAGUACUGGACCCAUCGUACUGCAUUUAGAACAGUUAUCGCAAACAAGCUUCCUUUACUGUUUUUCUAAAUGUUGUGAAGUUGUAUACUACGGCAUUUUCUCUCAAUUACCCAUUUCAAAAAACGUGGACUUGAAUCACUGCGGGCACGGUGUGUGAUUCAUCAGACUCAACAUUUCAUUAAUAAGUAAAUCAAUAUCUUCACAAUAACAGCUCCAGG